AUGUCCAUUGCAUUUAAACAACUAAGAUUUUUUCAGUAUCUGGAACUUCGCUUCGAUAAGCGGUUAAGAAUAUUUGGUUCAGCGAUUUUCAGUGUUUACCUGAUGGCUUGGCUUCCUAUAGUAGUUUACGUUCCCGCGUUGGCUUUUAACCAAGUUACUGGUAUAAAUAUCCAUAUUGUUACGCCGAUAGUGUGCUGCGUCUGUAUAUUUUACACCUGCCUGGGAGGUCUAAAAGCCGUAGUAUGGACAGACGUCAUACAAACCAUUGUUAUGGUUCUAGCAAUGAUCCUAGUUAUUAUAAAAGGAACAAUAAAUGUUGGAGGUCUCCAAACUGUGUUAGAACGAAACUGGGAUACUGGUCGAUUGGAAUUUCCUACGCUUUCACCAGACUUGACAGUGAGGCAUACUAUCCUGUCAGUGUCCAUCGGCUCCACCUUCUAUUGGAUUGGGAACAUCGCCGUAAACCAAUCGAUGAUGCAGAGGUUCCUAUCGCUUCCAGACUUGAAAAUAUCCAAAAGAGUCGUCUGGGGCUUCCUCGGCGGGAUCAUCUGUAUAAUCUUCAUUUGCGCGUACAGCGGUCUUCUAGCGGUCGCUUGGUACUUCAACUGUGACCCGCUGAACUCUCGCCUGGCUCUGGCCAAAGACCAGCUGUUACCAUUGCUUGUGAUGGACGUCUUCGCGGAGUGGAAGGGAUUGUCCGGACUCUUUGUGGCUGGUGUCUUUAGUGCAGCGUUAAGCUCUUUAUCAACGGGCUUAAACUCUAUGGCGGCGGUUGUGUUAGAAGACUUCUGGAAGCCGUUCUUCAAAAAACUAACUCAUAAACAAACACAAGUGAUGAUAAGGGCGGUAGUCGUCAUACUAGGAGCUGUGUGUGUAGGUGAGUGA